AGUUGUUUAUGCGCGAUCAAAAUUCCCAUUUUUUCCCUUCGUUUGAAUUUUUAAUUUCUGCAACUUUCAUACCAUCGUGUGGGACUGCUCAACCUAAUACCUUCCUAAUUGUUAGCAUUUUUAAAUCCAGCACAAUGUGAAAAUUGAUUAUCACGUAUGAAUGAUUGAUUUGGAACGCACGAGUGACUCGAGGAGAAAUCGUGACGUUCCUGGUUCUUCAUCCUUAUUCUCCAGCCGUUUCACAUUGAAUAUCUCCCCCAUCGAUUAAUCGUUGUCUUGCUGCUGACCUUGAUCGAGAUUUUUUAAAUGAAUCAGUCGUCGCGCAAGCGCCCGGGUCGUGAUCGCAGGCCUGUGGAGGCUGCGACGGAUCCCGUAGAGGUGUUUUGCCGGAUACGGAACUUGUCGUCGGUGCACGCUCCCCGAUGUGUGAAAGUGGUGUCAGACCAGAUUGUCCAGCUCAUACCACCUGAGCACAAAUUAAACGCUCCGGAAAAACAGCAUACUUUCAGAUACGUUUUUGACGAGCCCGCGACGCAGACCGAAGUUUUCAAUCAUGUGGCUCUGCCCUUGGUCCACGAUCUACUGCUGGGCAAAGACGGUUUGUUAUUCUGCUACGGCAUCACCUCCUCCGGGAAGACCUUUACCAUGCUCGGUUCACCCCAAGACCCCGGCAUCAUCCCCCAGACGCUGGACGUUAUCUUCAAUUCCAUCGUGGGAAGCCAGUUUGAGGAAUUUGGACCGGAUGGUCUGCUGGCUAAGACCUUCCAGAUUCGCCCCACAGACUAUAGCACCUUCGAGAUCUUGAAAGAACAGGACCGACUGGAGCGGAUUGCCAGUGUGGGCGCCCAUCGGAGUGGCGGUGGGACGGCGAUGAGGGGUAGGGAUUUGGAUUUUACCAACCGAAAGAAACUUGAUCACCCUCCGGCCUUCUCGGAUUUUGAUAAAGAUGCCAAAUACGGCGUUUUUGUCAGUUUUGUGGAGAUCUAUGGGGAAAAAGGCGUCAAUGAUCUGCUGCCCAGUGAGAAGGAAGAGCGGAAUAAAAAAAAAGCGCCGAAUAUCUCGAAGGAUAGUAAAGGGAAACCUUAUGUCUCCAACACUAACUGGCGGGAAGUCCGGAGUGCCGACGAGGGUCUGCGAUACUUUUCCCAAGGUCAGGCUAAUCGGCGUGAAGCGCCCACGAAGCUGAACGCCACAUCCAGCCGCAGUCAUGCCAUUUUCUUCAUCCGGCUGGUGCAGGUGCCCUUGGAUAAAGACGGCUAUGACAUUGUGCACGAUGAUGAUUUGGUCGUCGUAAGCCAGUUGGCGUUGGUGGAUCUGGCCGGAAGUGAACGGCAAAAAAGGACACAAAACAUUGGCGCUGUGUUGAAGGAAGCAGGUUACAUCAAUAUUUCCCUGAUGACAUUACGCCAAUGUUUGGGCCAAUUACGGAAUAAUCAGCAAGGACUCAAGCCGUUCCAGAUGGUUUCGUAUAAUGGAUCCACCUUAACGAAGUUAUUCAAAAGUUAUCUCGAAGGGGAAGGCAAGGUGCGGAUGAUUAUAUGCUUGAACCCAAGCGCGGAAGAAUUUGACGAGACUGUGCAUGUUUUGGAAUUUGCGGACUUGUCAAAAGAAAUCCAAGUGCAACGUGCCCGUGAAGUUGAUUUUGAAAGAGGUGAAAUGGGACUGGCUAAAGGACGACGAUUUUUAGCCGAAGAAAACAAGAAGCGUAAGUUGGAGGAAGAAAUGGAACAACACACCAUCACACGGCAGAAGUUAACGGCGUUUAUUAAUGAAGUGGAGAAGACCAUCAUCUUUCCUCCUUACAAGCUUUCAACUGCGGAUGACAACAUGACAUUGCCGAAUCUGGCGAUAUUCCUGCAGGAUCGGAUUAAGCGUCAUAGAGCCACGUAUUCCGCUCUCAAAGACCAAGAAAUUGUAUUCUUUGAGAGACUGAAGGGUUUGUUUAGCGCGAAUCAGGAGCUGCGACGGUCAAAUGUCGCUAUGCGUCGCGAGCUUCUGGAUCGCGAUCAACAGAUUGAGGAUCUGAAACGGCGCUGUGAUCAGCUUACCCGGACAACCAGCAAUCUGUUAAGCGAAUUCAAUCUGACCGAACAGGAACGCUUGCAGCUGCUCAAUCAGAUUGGAGACCGAGAUUAUCAGUCCCGUACCCAAGAUAAACGCAUGCGGGACCAGACCGCCCGAAUCCGAUCGCAGGCCAGAGAACAUGCAGACCGUCAGGAAAAAGAAAUGGGUCGCCGAUUCCAGGAACACACUGAGGUGCUGUCUAAGCGGUACGGCGAGCAGUCGGAAAAGUUGAAUCGUAUCCGGGCGCUGAUCGAAGGUGAUUACACGGGACCGAGCCUCGUUGUCCCGUCCGCUCCCAGCUCAUCAUCCCGCACACAGACUGCCACCACCACGACCAGUACCGUCCACCAUACCAACGUCUACCGUGAGGCCGAACGAGAGCGCACCCGCGUCCGUGAUCAGUCACCGGCCACGAGCAGUGAUCGCAGCGAGAGCCGUCCCUACGUGAACGCCCGCUACAACCUGGGCGUCUGCAGUCCCCGCACCAAGACCGUCAACCUCGUCCGCGAGAACCGUGUCCCCAUGGGGACGGUGCUGGGCCGCAAGGGGCCCACAGUCACCGAGCUGACCCUCAGGGACACCAAGGCCGCCAACAGUCUGACGGUGGAGGUGCAGACGGCCGAUCCCCGCGACGGCCGCGUCUCCACGCAGCUGUACAAGGGCGAAAUCAUCCCCACGGCCACUCGCGGCCGUUCCGUCAUCUUCCGCGACGUGGAGACUCUGCAGCAGACGGAUCCGGUGGACGUCGACGACCUGACCCGCACCACCGUCCCCGUGCUGCCGGUGCCACCGGAGGUGAUCAAGGAGCGCUGUGCGGCCGGGCAAGGCCACUGUCCUAAGAGUCCCGCCGCCAAACAUGCGCCCAGUGUGCUUGGACAGUGAGGAAUUCGCGGGUUAUCUUUUGAUUUGCUUUUUCGAAUAUUCUUUCGCUUUGUUCUUUUUAUUUGCUCAGUCCGUGCGGUUCAGUAGUCUGUGGGGGAGAUUUGGGGUGUGUAAUUUUAUCGUCUUGCAUUCUCAGUGCGGGUUGCUCUUUUUAGCAUAUAGAGAUACGCGUUUUUAGCGUGUAUGAAUUAUGUGUUACAUUUGUGCGAAGGCUUUUCCGGCUAGGUUGGCAGUUUUCAUUUUCUUGGAUGCUUUUGAUAUGCAUUACGUGUUAUCAAAUGGCUUUUCGCUGUACUAGCACUGAGUUGUAAAUUUCGUAGAGUAUGGGCUCUGUACUUGACCUUGUCCAUAAGAAUUAAGAAUCAGUGCAG